AUGACCUAUAGAGUUUCAGGACUGUUGCAGAGGAGCGGCAAAAUAUUAAAAGGAUGUUAUUACGGCACCUUGAAGCUUGCAGUAGAUGGCAGUAUAAAGCGUGCCAAACCACCUAAUUAUGAUUUCUUUAGCUCUGGAAAUAAUUACCUAAGAUUCCUAUUUGAUAAUACUAAAACUAUGGACCGAUUUAACGAUAAUUCAAAAGUAAUAGUGGUCGAAGGUAAUAUUGCCUCCGGAAAAUCUAACGUCGCCGCUAAGUUGGCUAAAUAUCUUGAUAUGGAGUAUUUUCCUGACCCAACUGAAGACGACAUAUAUGUUUAUAGAAAUGUGGAGCCAAAUUUUGAUAUUCGCUGUCACAACUUUUUGCUUCCUGAUUAUGCAAAAUACUAUACAUGUGAAAUGUUUUGGAAUGAACCGGAUCUCAUAAAUAAAGGAAAAGGACUAUAUCUUCAAUACCACUUCUACUUAAGACGUUAUUGGAAUUACUUAAGAGCAUUAUGUCAUUUAUUUAAUACAGGUCAAGGCGUUGUGAUUGACCGAAGUCCGUUUUCAGAGUUUAUAUUCGCUGAAGCCAUGCAUAAGUGCAAUUAUUUGUCAGAACGGGGAUUAUUAUGGUUCAAACAAAAUCACACGAUGACUAUAAACAACCUCUGGAAACCGCAUCUACUAGUGUACAUCAAGGCUCCUAUUAAGCAAAUACGUGAAAAAAUAAAGAAACGUAAUAUCCCUUGGGAGGUAAACGCACGCAAUCUAACUGAUGAAUUCUUAAAUGCUUACGAAGAUUUACUUGGAAAUUACUAUAUAGAAAAUAUGGACCGUUACUCUCAUAUCCUCACUGUUGACGGUUCUACAGUGGAUGUUUACGAUGAUGAUGAUAUCUAUAUUAUUGCACAAAAUGCCACUGAAAUUGACUUAAGUGGUCAAUAUUUAAUGCGUGAUGAUUACAAACUUCUUGAAUGGCGUCUUGCUUUAAGAUACGCAAGUAGUCUAAUAAAUUCCAGACUCGAUUUUUCAAAUGCUCAUGAAAAAUUUACAAGAGUAUUUGAUCAAGUAGAAUUUCCUAUGGAUUUAAAUGAAUUAACUUAUACUUAUGAAGCACAAGAAUUACAAGGUGCAGCUAUUCAUAUGGAUCCUCGUACUUGUAUACCACCGGCAUAUAAUCCAAAAUAUAAAAGUAUACUUGAAAUAAUGUUUAAUCCAUGGAUUAUAAAAACUAAUUUCAGGGCUGAUCUACCAAAAAAUUAUAUUUGGAAUUGAGUUACCAAAUCGAACUAUACCGGUAAGUAUGUCUUAACGACAACAACCACAAUGACAAAAAGAAAAGAAAAGAAAAAUAGCAGAAAAAUGUGCUAACGGAUCAACAAUCGAAUUCUAAUGAAUAAACCAUAGAAGUAAAUUCAAUUUGGACAAUAUGUAGAGAAAGGAAAGAAAAAAGAGAAGAAAUCGAUGAAAAAGAAAGAAUUCCAGAGAAAUCAUUAAAAAAGAAAACAAAAAAGCAAAAAACAAAGAUCUUUCAACAGAAUUAACAAUAAAAAGAUAAUACCGGCUAUCAGAUAUAGAAUGCCGCUAAUUCAUAUGCUCUUUUUUGUCUUUCAAGGGAUGAAGAAGAAUUAUUGAAUUUGUAAAAGAUUUUGCUUUUCUUAUUCAAAAGUAGUUCAUGGGGUUUUCAUGCUCGACAUUUUAUCCAAUAAUACGAAUACUACUAAUAGUAAUAGUUAUACUACUAAUAUGGAUAAUAGUAAUAUACUACUACUACUACUAAUGAGCUAUGUUUGAAGCGAUUACGAGUUCACCUAGUCCGAGAACGGAACAAAGACUCUAUGACCAAAUAUCAAUAAGAUAGCUAUUCUGACGCGUUCAAGCCCCACUAUUUAAAGAGAGAAGUCCAUGUUCAAAAUGGAGAAUAUGUUCCGUAAGCAGCCAGAAGCAAGAGCAAUAACAAUAGGCACAAAUCUAACGUCUAUAUACAGCAUAUAGUUGUCCAGAACAAGAACACAAGUGGCAACGAUCUGAUAUAUUUCAGUACAAAAUUACAGAUCAUCUUAGUUAAAUCUGAGAACAGUACUUCAUUUGCAAAAUGUCAAUUAAUGGUCUCACACUUCAUUGUACUUUCAUUUCCACACCAAUCAUUUUCUCUUCUCAUUGAUCUUCUUAGCCUUCUGCUGUCAGGUAUUUCACUUUCGAUUGAUAAUACAUACUACUUUUAUUUAUCGAUAUCAGUAGAACAUAAUGUGAAACGAUUAUAUAUUUUCCUAUAUAUAAGAAAUUGAAAAUAUAAAUUCUCAUCAAUC